AAAAAGUCAUCAUUUGCCUAAAUAAUCCAACUAAAUAAGUGUCAGCAUUACAAUCAUAAACAAAUACACAACCAAAAAUGAGGAGCUCAAGUGUCAUCUUUCCACUUUCUGUGAGAUGCAUUGUCGUCCUCGUACUCUCUUUGCAGCUGAGCUUCGAAGUUCCCUCCAUUGAUGCUGCUACAACCAUUGGUGGGAAUGAGACAGAUCAUCUUGCUUUGUUAGAAUUCAAGGCAAAAAUUUCGCAUGAUCCCCAGAAUGUCACAAGUUCAUGGAAUACUUCUGCCCAUUUCUGCAACUGGGAAGGUGUCAUUUGCAGUCGUAGACACAAAAGAGUCACCGGCCUGAACCUUCACUCUAAAGAGUUGGUUGGCAAUUUGUCACCUUACAUAGGAAACAUGAGUUUCCUUAAGGUCAUUAGACUGCAAAACAACAGCCUUCAAGGUGAAAUCCCACCUGAAAUUGGCCGUUUGUUCAGAAUCCAAGUUUUAGAUCUUAGCAACAACUCUUUUGAAGGGAAAAUUCCGGCCAAUUUAUCCAGAUGCUUGAACAUGAGUUUCCUUGGAUUAGCUUACAACAAGCUGUUUGGCAACUUUCCAGUAGAGCUCGCCACUUUGCUCAAGCUCAAACACAUUGUAAUUCAUGCAAACUAUUUGAGCGGCGACAUACCAUCAUUUCUGGGAAAUUUUAGCUCACUUGAAGCUUUGUCAGCUCGUGGAAAUUUCUUCAGUGGAAACAUUCCACAAUCUCUGGGUCAACUCAAGCAUUUGUCAUCUAUUGGACUUGGAAGCAAUAACCUCUCAGGUAUAGUCCCUCAAGCCAUUUUUAAUCUUUCCUCCAUCACUGUAUUAUCUUUGUCAAACAAUUCCUUGCAUGGAAGUCUUCCAUCAGAGAUUGGCCUCCUUUUACCACAGCUUCAAAUAUUACAAAUUUCGAGGAACAAUUUUAGUGGGUCUGUUCCAGUUUCAUUAUCCAAUGCUACUAAACUCCAAAGAAUUCUUCUACAGCAUAACAAUUUCAAUGGAAAAGUAGAUGUUGAUUUUGGAGGCUUACAGCAACUUUACAGGUUAUUUUUGAGUAACAACAAUCUUGGAAAGGAGGGGGAAAAUGAUUUGGAUUUUAUCACUUCUUUGUUGAAUUCUAGCAAUUUGAAAGAUGUGGAUUUAUCUUACAAUCAAUUUAAAGGAGAAUUGCCAAAUUCUGUGAGUAAUGUAUCUUCAACCCUCGAAUGGAUCUCAGUGCACUUUAAUCAAAUAGGUGGAAGACUCCCUCAGUGGUUAUCAAAGAUUGUUAGCUUGGAGAAUAUAAAUCUAGCAUAUAACCAAAUUACAGGUACCAUUCCCAUUGAAUUAGGUAAACUUUCAAGACUUGUAGAUUUUAAACUCAAUGAUAAUAGAUUAUAUGGAUCAAUUCCUUCAUCUUUAGGAAACAUAUCAUCAUUGGGUGAAAUUCGUUUACUUCGCAAUAAUUUACAAGGCACCAUUCCCUCGAGUCUUGGAAAUUGCCAAAAAUUAUUGUUCUUAUCUCUUUCUCAAAACAAUCUUAGCGGCUCCAUACCCAAAGAACUUUUUCCUUUUCAAUCCAUGUUAGUUUCCAUAGCCCUAGAUCAAAACCGUUUAGACGGAUCUCUUCCUUCAGAAAUUGGAAAUUUAUUCAAUUUGAAGGAAUUGUAUGUUUCUCAGAACUUGUUGUCUGGUGAAAUUCCAAAUGAUCUUGGCCGCUGCAAUAGCCUCGAGUUGCUUUACAUGGGCAAUAACAACUUGGAAGGUAGCAUUCCACCAUCUUUGGCCUCUUUAAAAGGUCUAAGAAUACUUGAUCUGUCUCACAAUAAUUUUUCUGGCAAGAUUCCGGAGUACCUAGAGCAAUUUGCAUUGGAACAUGUCAAUUUAUCUUCCAACAAUUUUGAUGGUGAAGUUCCCACUGAAGGAGUUUUUGCAAAUGCAAGUGCAAUAUCAGUUGCAGGAAACAAUAGACUCUGUGGGGGUAUACCAGAGUUACAGUUGCCUAGAUGCCCUGUUUCAAAGAGAAGCAAAUUGCGCAGUUUCAAAAUAGCUGUGAUCAUCAUCUCCUGUGUUUUUGGCGUUGUUGUGCUGUUAACUUGUAUGUGGUAUGGUUUUAAGAAGAAGAAAAGAGAGCAAUCUCCCACUUCCUUGGACAUAAUGUCAUUUCAUAAUGUUUCAUAUGAAAUGAUUCUUAAGGCAACUGAUGGGUUCUCUUCAGCAAAUUUGAUUGGUGUGGGAAGCUUUGGGUCUGUAUAUAAAGGCACUUUUGUAGAGGAUGGUGCAAUUUUUGCAGUGAAAGUACUCAACCUUCAACAACAAGGUGCUUCGAAGAGUUUUAUGGCCGAGUGCCAAUCCUUGAGAAAUGUUCGUCAUCGAAAUCUUGUCAAGAUAAUAACAUCUUGCUCCAGUAUUGAUUUUCAAGGAAAUGAAUUUAAGGCACUUGUUUAUGACUAUAUGCCGAAUGGGGAUCUACAGGAUUGGUUACAUACAGACUUAGAAAGACCUGUCGAGCUAAUUGAUGAACAACCAAGUCUAAGCCUUUUGCAGAGAUUGAACAUUGCUAUAGACAUUGGGAAUGGGCUGGAUUAUCUUCAUCAUCAUUGUCAAAAGCCAAUUAUUCACUGUGAUCUAAAGCCAUGCAAUAUUCUUCUUGAUGAUGAAAUGGUUGCUCAUAUUGGAGAUUUCGGGCUAGCAAAGUUCCUUCCUCACCUAAUGAAUCCAACUCAAAGCAGCUCGAUCGGAGUUAGAGGAACAAUAGGUUACACACCUCCAGGUACUUGUCAUCCUCUUGGACCAUAUAUGCUUUCUCUCAUUUACUUCACAAAUCGUUUUCUUUUUCAUUUUGCAGAAUAUGGAUUAGGAAGCGAGGUAUCAACAAGCGGAGAUGUUUACAGUUAUGGAAUCCUAUUAUUAGAGAUGGUGACAGGAAAAAAACCUACUGAUGAUAUUUUUGUUGAAGGUUUUAACCUUCACAAUUUUGCUAGGAUGGCAAUGCCCAACCAAGUGUUGAAGAUUGUAGACCCAAUUCUUUUACAAGAAGAUUUUCCGACAAAAGCAAGAAAUGAUAGCAAAGUUGAAUGCCUAACUUGCCUAAUCAAGGUUGGAGUAGCAUGUACAAUGGAGUCUCCUCAAGAUAGAAUGGACGUGAGUAAUGCAAUCAAAGAGUUACAUGCAAUCAAAAAUAAUUUUAUGCAAACUAAAUAAGGCCAUCUCUGUAUUGAACAGCUAUGAUAUUCAACAAGUCUUUUAAGGUGGCUGCAGUGGAUCCAGAAAUUAGUAGGUCCAAUAAAAAAAUAUAAAUAAAAAUGGUUCCUUAUCAGAUUUGGAAUUUUUAAAGUGGGAACAUAUGAAAAUUCAUGCAAGGAGUGAUAAUAGUCAAAGGAUAUGCUUAUCAUUGAUGAUUAAAAAUGGUUCUAUUUGCUUGACAAUGAAUUCCUAGUGAGCUCCUUGCCGUGAUCCGACUGCAAACAAGAGAGCUGCUUUUUUUUUUUCCAUUUAAUUUCAAAGGCUUCAAACUGCAUAUUGUAUUAUGCCUCAGUAUUUCUAUUUUAAAUCUAAUUAAGAUAUUUACU